GCUGAGGUUGAGGCUGUGGCUGAGACAUUUUCGUUGCUCUGCCGCACUGCUCGAUUUUACAGUUAAUAGCGUCAGUUAGUUAACAGCGAACUUUUAAUUGAAACGGACGUGUGAAGCGGGUGAAAAUUUCGUGUUUCGUUUUAUCAAAAAUCGUGGAAAUUUGUGAAAAUUAAUUUCAGCGAACUUGGCAAAUUAGUGGGCCAACCAUUUAACUAUUGUAUUAAACUUAAAAAUCAGGAUAUACUUACAUACAUACAUACUUGAGUGUGUUUGAGUAAAGAUUUGUUAGCAAAUAUGUUGAAAUACAUUUUAUGAAAAUCCAAUAGUGUGCAAGCUGUAGCAAAGCCUUUACUACGAAUUCCUUUGCUGUUGUUGGUGCGUGAGUUUGCGCGUGUGGUGUAUGUAAACAAAGAUAUCCUGCGUGGAAUUUACAAAGUAAUGGACAUAUUUGUUUGAAACUGUGAGCUACGAAAAAGCGUAGAUAAAAAGAGACACAGAAAAAGAGGGAAAAAACGUGCGAGUGAACAAACUGUACGAAUUCAAAAGUAUGCCAUAAAAUAAAAAAGUGAGACAUAAAAAAAAAUUGGAAAUAAAUACAAAAUAUAUAGGUACAGUUAUACAACACACACAUACCCGUAGCUGUAUGUACUAUAGUUGUAAAUAUACGAUAUUAUUUAUUUAUUUAUUUAUUUAUUUAAGUGUUUGCCUACUUUGCGGCGUUAAAACGUAGCGCAUUGUAAAAUAGCAAUAGCAGCAAAGCAAACUGCAUUGGUGUCAAGUGUACGGUGAAGAAAAAUUAAAUAAAUAAAAACGAAAAAAACAGCAAAUGCAAACAAAGUCAAAUUCAAAUUAACUCAGUGUAACAAAAAACAUUGCAUAACUGCAGGCGCCUAGGCGGUCAAGUGGAAAUCCAUACCCUAUACAGUGUCAAGUGUGGAGCAAACUAAAGAUUAAUAAAAACUCUAUAACGCGCUUUACUUUUUUUGGCUUUGCACUAUUGUUUGCUUUUUUUUUGCGUACAUAUAAAACUUUAAUACCACUUAAGUCUGCUGCUAUAAGCCACGCGCGCAUACAACUGCAAACAGAAAAUUGUUUAAUAAAAAAAAAAACUAAGAAAAAAAUUAAAACAAUCAGCGUAGUAGCUUAAAAAUAACUCGAUACGUACACUUGUUAAGCUGUCGCCGUCAACACGCGCUUUAGUUGUAGUCUCUUUGUCGUUUGUUUGUUGCCCACAGCCGAAUCAUCAUGGGAUUAAUAAGCUGCUGUCUCUGGUGGUUGGUACUCAUUAAUGUAUUGCUCCAGCACACGCCACUGCACAGCGUCACAUCGUUGGUGGGUGCAUCGUUAAUUGAGUCGUCGACACGAGCUAAUGAGUCCACCUGCGGCAUUGAGCAAUUCAGAUGCAACAAUGGCUUUUGCAUACCGAAGAGAUGGCGCUGCGACCAAGAAAGAGAUUGCGCCGAUGGCUCCGACGAAGCACCGUCGCUGUGCAAAACAAAUACCUGUUCACCCGAUGAGUAUUCAUGUAAAUCCGGCGAGGGUGAAUGCAUUCCAUUAGCUUGGAUGUGUGAUCAGAGCAAAGAUUGCUCCGAUGGCUCCGAUGAGGCUUCAUGCAAUGAGACCUGCCGCUCCGAUGAGUUCACCUGCGGCAAUGGACGUUGCAUACAGAAACGUUGGGUCUGUGACCACGACGACGACUGUGGCGAUGGCAGUGAUGAGCGCGACUGCCCGCCAAAAGCGUGUAACCCACACAGCGAAUUCACAUGCACCGAUGGCGGUUGCAUCACCAAACGUUGGAUGUGCGAUGGUGAACCAGAUUGCUUGGAUGGCUCCGAUGAGGAGCAAUCUUGCCCCAAGAACGCCACACAUACCAUAACGCCGUGCCUGUCGCACGAAUUUCAAUGCAGUGACCGUAUUACCUGCCUACAUCACAGCUGGCUGUGUGACGGCGAAAAGGAUUGUCCCAAUGGCGACGAUGAACUGCAAGAAAAUUGCCGAAACACCACAUGUCGACCGGAUCAGUUCCAGUGCGGCGAUCGCACCUGCAUAGCCGGCCACUUGACGUGCAACGGCGAAGCUGAUUGCCCGGAUCGAAGCGAUGAAUUGAAGUGUGGCAUCUCUAAAAUCACCAAAUGCAAUGCGACCACACAAUUCGAUUGCGGCGGCGGUCAGUGUAUAGCUUUAUCAAAGGUUUGUGAUCGCAAAAAAGAUUGUCCGGAUGGCGAAGAUGAGCCGGCGGGCAAGUGUUCGGUGAACGAAUGCGCUGUGAAUAAUGGCGGUUGUAUGCACAAAUGCAUCAAUCAACCGAUUGGGUACCGCUGCGAGUGUAACUCUGGCUACAAACUGACCGAUAACAAAACCUGCGUAGACAUUAACGAAUGCGAUGAUCCGGGUGCUUGCUCACAAAUCUGCAUCAAUGAAGUUGGUGGCUUCAAGUGUGAAUGCGAAGCGGGCUACAUGCGGGAUCCACGCAAUCACACACGCUGCAAGGCGACCGAGGGGCAUGCAUCCUUGUUGUUGGCGCGACGUCAUGACAUUAGGAAAAUCGCCUUAGACCACAUGGAAAUGACAUCGAUUGUGAACAAUACAAAAUCGGCGACGGCAUUGGACUUUGUCUUCCGCACUGGCAUGAUAUUCUGGAGUGAUGUGUCCACGCAGAGCAUUUACAAGUGA